GUUCCAAUGCAGCAGAGUUAUCACGGAUGGCGUCCAAGAGGUGGACACCGGCUCACCGACAAACACCAAGGUGAAGAAAGUACUGGUGAAGUGGGACAUCCAGCCGCAGGAGAUGGUGGAAGACCUGAACGACUUACGAGGCUUCCGCCGUGUGAUGACCGACCUCGGUGGUCCUAUGCGCGAGGUUGUCCGGGUGAACACCGAUCAGUCCCAUCUGUCACGGGUAUCUUCACGCAAGACGACGCAGCAGAACGUGCAACAGCUUCAGGAUGUCUUCGGAAGUAUGAUCUUGGACGACGACGAGGAGGAACUCGGCAUGCGACUUACCGAGCCGGAAGAGGCGGAAGACGCCGCAGGAGAGUCCCUACUCAUCGAUAUCGACGAGGCAAUCGAUAUUCGCCAAGGCACAGGAGUCUUGACGAAGGAGGCAUAUGAGCACGAAGAGGCGGUGCUGUAUUUCUCCACGUCCCAGCAGUGCUACAUACCAGCGAAGGUGGAGGGCCCGGGAACCUUCGACGAGGAUGGCAUGUUGCCACUCUACAGCCUCCUUGUUGGCGUUCGCGCGCAGCUUCGGGAGCGUGUUCCGAUGCAGCUCCUUCGGGCCCCCUUGAAAGAAGGAGUCCGCGUGGAGGCAUACUCGGAGUCGCUGCAAAAGUGGGUCCCGGCUCUCAUCUUGCGUGAGCCCAUGCGAACCGUUUCGCAUCUCUCCAACUACCACAUUGCGCUGGACGACCCGGCAUUGGCUGACCGGGAACGAACGCCACUUUGGGACAUGCCGCUCAGCCGGCUCCGGCGUCGCUUCGAGCCGGGUGCAAAGGUACACGUGUACCGCGGCCGCGACGAUG